CUUAACUCCAGCUAUACUUCCACCAGAGACCAAUUCCCCAAAAGACCCUACCCUCGGCCCUCCCCUCAACCUCCUUAUCCGCUCGAAUACUCCCUCAUAAUGGUCCGUUAUCCGCCCAGCUUCCCACUCGUCUGAAACCACCACUGCUCCGCGGCCAACCCCGAGGAUAUCAAAGAUGAGCAAGGAGCUGAUUCAAUUGCACAACAGUCUGACGACAAGCGACCUUCUUCCCCCGGAGCUGCCGGUGCUGCCUCAGGAUUUGCCGUAUCUAGGCCCCAUGGUGCUAACGCUGUGCGACGAAGAGCCCCUGCUGCUGCCCGACCCUCUUCAACUCGUUCUGCUGGUGCCGGUGGUUCUUCAAACACCAUGCUCAAGCUCUAUACCGACUCUGGAGAGGCUGGCCUCAAGGUUGACCCCUACGUCGUCCUCGUCCUCUCCAUCUCUUUCAUCGCCUCCAUCUUCUUCCUCCACAUUGUCGCCAAGGUCGUCAGAUCAUUCUCUGGUUAAGAGCGGAAGACGGGGAGAAUGCUUGAGGGAUCGGGUUGGAUUGUUGUCAUUAUGAGAAACAUAUCACUUUGGAAGAUUAGGAGAGGAAGGGAUUAUUGGGAUCUGGAUAAUGCAAUUGUACCUACAUCUUGCAGGUUCGUUGCCGAACGAGGGACGAGCGUGGACUUGUCCCUUGGGGCUCAGCUUGCGUUCAUUCCUUCGCUUCCAGGAUACGAUGCUGGCUGACAAUCCUGAAGGGUCGCUAAUUCAUGAUAGAUAGACAAU